UUUCAAAUACUUAUUUUUAGAAUGCUUGCCAAAUUCUUAUGGCCCGUCUCCAGCCCGUCAUCAGGAAAAACCCCAAGGGAAGCUGGGAGGACUGGAUUGCAAAAGCCUACGAAGAAUCCAUCAGCCUGUCCACCACGGGAUAUUUCAGAGGCUACCAGACCCAUAUGGACUGGGAGAAGGAGGAAGGGGAGCCUUACCCAUAUUUUGUUUACGGAGCAGCCUGUUCUGAGGUGGAAGUCGACUGUCUGACUGGGGCUCACAAGCUCCUUCGGACGGACAUCUUCAUGGACGCGGCUUUCAGCAUCAACCCAGCCCUGGACAUUGGGCAGAUUGAAGGAGCGUUUAUCCAAGGCAUGGGAUUCUAUACCACAGAAGAACUGAAAUACUCCCCAGAAGGUGUGCUUUAUUCUCGGGGUCCUGAUGACUACAAAAUCCCCACCGUCACAGAAAUACCAGAAGAGUUCUAUGUUACUUUGGUGCGGUCCCAAAAUCCCAUAGCCAUCUACUCAUCCAAGGGAUUGGGUGAGGCUGCAAUGUUCAUGGGAAACUCCGUGCUUUUCGCCAUACAUGAUGCAGUGGCUGCUGCCCGAAGAGAGAGGGGCUUGACCAACACCUUCAUCCUAAACAGCCCAGUGACGCCUGAGGAGAUUCGGAUGGCUUGUGCUGAUCAGUUCACCGACAUGAUCCCCAGAGAUGACCCUUCAACAUUUACACCUUGGUCCAUCCGUGUGUCUUAAUCUUAUCUUUUUUUUAUAAAAUGAAAGGGUUGACCAUUGCCCUUAAAAUUCUCAAACCAGAGCAAUAUAUAUGGUAUUUCCCAAAUGUCAAUGAUAAUUUUAGCUUUUUUAUUUUUUAAUCCUCACCCGAGGAUAUGUUUUGUUCAUUAUUAGAAAGAGGGGAAAGGGGGAGAGAGAGAGAGAGAGAAAUAUUGAUGUGAGAAAGAAAUAUUGAACAGUUUCCUCCCAUACAUGCCCCAACUGGGAAUUGAACCCACAACCUUUUUGAUGUAUGGGACAACGCUUCAGUUAGCUUAGCCAUCUGGCCAGGGAAAUUUUAGCAUUUUUUAAAUCACUCUCUAUAGUUUUGGUCACUGCAUGAUCAUAUUUUAGGAAGCAAAUUUUCACUAAAAGGUAUAAUAAAGAAUCAAAAUUCUCCUUUUCA